AGCGAUGACUGAGAAGUGAGCGUGGGGGUUCUCAAUGGAUGCAGGUGAGAUGACUCAGACAACGAACGCCAUACGUUUUUCCUUUGGCUUCGACGAGGAUGAGAACAAAAGAAGGGAGAGUAAAAAAAGAGGGAAGAAGAAAGAGAGCGAGGAUACUUUGUCGCCCCGUCUGGUUCACAAGCUGCCACAUUGCCCUCUCCCUUCAAGAAUCACUGUCGACCACCACAUUUGAUUGGGGACAGUCUUCUUCGCCAUCAUCGUCCUCGUCCUCGUCCUCGUCUAACUUCAUUUGCUUCCGGAGAUGGCUAAGAACUCGAUGAUCUUGUGAACUAAAGGAGGAGGGCUAAGCAUUGCCAUCGUCAUGGAUCUCGCUCUUAGUGCCUGGCCGUCUUCUUCUUUGUCUCCCAGGUGGGAGGAAUCGGUUUACUUCCGGCAUCCCCAACGUAUCUGUUGCAGUAGCCGACAACUUAACGGAGUUAACCAUUGCAGAAUGCCGAGAAGGGGAUUCAUCUCCACGGGGCUCUGCUUUGCCGCUCUGUCUACAUCGGCGACCUUGGCGGAAGAAGCACCUGCUCAAGGAAUGGAGAAAUUGCCCUUCAAGCCUGAAGGCUAUAAUUAUUGGACAUGGCGUGGUCAUAAAGUGCAUUAUGUAGAACAAGGAGCAGGAGACCCGAUUGUUCUUAUCCAUGGAUUUGGCGCUUCAGCAUUUCAUUGGAGGUACAACAUACCAGAAUUAUCAAAAAAACACAAGGUCUAUGCAGUUGAUUUACUUGGAUUUGGGUGGAGUGAAAAAGCACUUAUCGAGUAUGAUGCCACUAUAUGGAGUGACCAGGUAGCUGAUUUUUUAAGUGAAAUUGUAAAAGCACCGGCCGUGUUAGUUGGAAACAGCCUUGGGGGAUUUACAGCAUUGCUGACAGCCGCACAGGUUCCUGAUCAAGUUCGUGCAGUUGCAUUACUGAAUUCUGCAGGACAGUUUCGAAAUGCUAACAAAGAAGUAAGGAACGAUGUCGAUGAUGAAGAUGAGUCUCCAGUAGAAAAAUUCAUGUUCAAACCAUUGAAGGAGGCCAUUCAACGACUCAUCCUUGGUGUUGUCUUUUGGCAAUCAAAGCGACCUUCACGAAUAAGAUCAGUUUUGAAGAGUGUGUACCCAAAUAGUGCUAAUGUGGAUGACUAUCUUGUUGAAUCGAUCACUAGACCAGCUGCGGAUCCAAAUGCGGGUGAAGUUUAUUACAGGUUGAUGACCCGAUUCUUGAUGAAUCAGACAACAUAUACACUUGACGCUGUCUUAUCUAAACUCUCCUGCCCAAUCUUGUUGCUGUGGGGAGAGUUGGACCCAUGGGUUGAUCCUGCAAAGGCUAAUAAAAUUAUGGACUUCUAUCCAAAUUCAUCACUGGUGACCUUGCCUGCUGGUCACUGCCCACACGACGAGGUCCCUGAACUGGCUAACGAAGCUCUGGUCAAUUGGUUGUCUUCAUUGAAAGUUGAUAUGCUUCCUCAAACGGUUUGAACAGCACUAUCAUUAUACUUGUAUUUAUAAUUGUGAGAAAUCUUCCGCCUUCUCCCAUACGGGUAGUUCAUGCAUGAAAUUGUGUUAAUUUCUAUAAUCACACAAGAUAUCAUAUUCUUUCAAUGUAAUCGCUAUUAUCGAAGUUGAAAAGUCUUCUCUUUGCUA